AUGAAUAAAAUAAACAACUAAAUAUUUCAAGAUUAAAAUUAUUUAUAAAACCCUUAUUUAGUCAAUUAAUCUUACACACACAAACCAUCCAUAGGGGUAUCUCGUUUAACUCAAUAAACAGGAAAUCCAAGCCCCAUAAACAAUGUGAAUUAAAGUCAAGUAUUUUCUCAAUAAUGUAUUUACCACCCCGAAAUGAUAAUAACGAACUUUUGUAAGAAAUCUUUAAUGCCCUUAUGUCCCAAAUGCAUAACUAAUUAUUUAAAAACUCGCGAACAAGCAAACCAACCUGUCGAAAUCGAAAAUAUAGAUAAAGUCUAAUUAGAAUGUAAAGAGGCAGUAUAAGAACUAGAAGAAUUAUAUACAUGUAAUCUCUAAAAACUUCGCGAUGUAAAAGAGAAAAAAAUAAAUAUUCACAAUUCAUUAAGUGAGAAAAUACUUUUUGCAAAAAAUAAAGUAAUAAAACUCGUGGAUAGUUUUUUUGAAAAUCUAGAAAGAGAUUUAAAUUAAUAAUUAAUGAUAAAAUAAAAUUAGUUUGAAAAAGAAUUAAGUAUGGCCGAAAAUUUUGCUGUAUAAAAAUAAUAAGAACUUAAUGUAAUUAAUUAAAAACUAGACGGUCCUAAAUGCUUAAAACAUAUUUUGAGGCUUUUGAAUGAAAAUUAUUUUUCUGAAAGUCAGAAAUAUCACAAAGAAUGUGAAUUAUUUAUACAAAUGUUAAACAAAAAAAGUGCAGAUGUGAUUACUAAUGAUAAUAGUUUGUAUAAUUUAAAUAUUGAGAUGGCUAAAUUUAUUAGUAUAAAAAAUUCUGAAUUAAUUCUGACAGAUGUAAACAAUUAAAAGUCGAAUAAUAAUAAUUCUAUCUUAAAUUAAUAUACUAAACAAGAAUUGUAACCUGUUUCAAAACAAAAUAUUGUAAACAGAAAUUAUUUUGAUUAAUUAUGUCAUCAGAAAUAUAUCCAUUAUUUUUAGCCUUAAACUAAUGAUUUAUAUUUAUUAGAUAUUUCCAAUAUAAUUAAUGAUAAACAAAUAAUUAAUCCAACUUGGUAAAAAAUUCCUUUAGAAAUAGGAUUUAAAAUUUUACACGACCAUUCAUCUAUAAUAACUCCUUAAGGAGAUAUCUAUAUAUGUGGUGGUAUAGAUACUAAUAGUAUGCAAGUUUCAAAUGAAUGCUUUAAAGUUAAUUUAAAAUAUAGAACUUUAGAAAAAAAGACUAGUAUGAAAAUUCAGAGAUUUUUACAUAGCGUAGUAUAUUUAAAUAAUGCACUUUAUGCUUUAGGUGGUUUUGAUUAAAAUCAUUAAAUAUUAGAUAAAUGUGAAAGGUGGAAUUUUUCUGAGAACCAAUGGCUUAGAAUCGCUCCUAUGGUUGGUUAAGGUGCUUAAAUGGGGGUUUGCACAUUUAAAAGUAAAUAUAUUAUUGCUUUUUCUGUUGCUGUUCAUCCUAAGGUUAACCUUUUGUAAUAAUACGAUCCUUUGUUUGAUACUUGGUAGGAAAUAAUGGUAUCGUUAGAAAGUAAUUUGAUUAAUUCUGAAUUUUUAAUACGUCCUUUAUGUGGUAUAGUGUAAAUUAACGAUAAUGGAACUCUUUUAAUUUUUGGGGGUGACGAGUAAUCUAGAGAAUAAAAUAUGCAAACUCCUAAUAAUUAUGUUUUUACAUUAAAAAGUGAUAUAGAGUCUUUAAAUUUUUCAGUUGGAGUAGGAAGAAAUUAAGUAGAAUUAUAUAAUUGUCCUAUUAAUGGAGCUAGUUAUUGUUAAAAUGGUAAAAUUUACACUAUUAGUAAGGAUAGAGAAUAAAGUAAAUUAAUUGUUUUUUCUAAUUAAAAUUGGAUAAAGUAAUAAUGA